UCAGCCCGGUGCGCCUUCACGCGCAGCCUUUUUGUUUAUGUGGGGAGAGAGGGGCAGACAGGGUGCGAACCUCUAAAUAUGCAGCAGGCCGCAAGGGCUAUAUAAAGCCAAGGGAUCGGUCCUGGUGGAAGCCGCCAGGAUUGCGUGCGAGUUGGCAGCUGCCUUCUCCAGAGCCGCCUUGCGCCAUGGAGACUGCUGAGAGCUCGGAGAGCGCGGAGAGCGCAGCUUGCGAGCGCGCGCGCUGCCACCGCCGGCUGCCUACUGUCCAUGACGUCCAGACGCGGCGCGGGGCCGCGGACUCCGGCAGAUCCGAAGUCUUUUGGAGACCGUGGGUUAAAGCCAGAGGCGAGAAAGAGGAAGGGACGCAUCUCCACGUAGCUGAGACGAUACCCAAUGGCCCAGGAAUGAUCCAAACCUCAGGAAAGCUUUCCCAGUACACACACCCAGUCAGGCUAUUUUGGCCAAAAUCAAAGUGUUAUGAUUAUUUAUAUCAAGAAGCAGAAGCUCUUCUGAAAAUUUUUCCAAUUCAAGCCACAAUUUCAUUUUAUGAAGAUUCUGAUAGUGAAGAUGAAAUUGAGCAUCUGACUUGUGAAAAUUAAUUAGUUAAUUCUGAUGAUAUUCAAAGUUCAUGGGCAUUAGUGUAUGAAUGUAUCAUAAUUUUUAAACUAAUUUAUUUGUAUAUAAUUUAUUAAUAAAAGGAAACA